ACCCAGGCACCCCUUCUGGGUUCUUUUAAAUCGUGUUAGAUAAUGCCACUUUCUGAAUCGGCCAUGUGUCCGUUUCUAUUUUCCUCUUGGUUUUUGGUCAUUUGGUACUGUUUCCUGGUCUGCCUUGUCAAUUUAAUUGAAUGCUGGACAUUGUGCAUGAAAAAUAUAGAGGCUUUGAUUGAAGCUAACUUUUUCCACAUAGGUCCUAACUUUCUCCUAGCAGACAGGCAGGUCAUUUGGAUGCAGUCACAGCUCAACAGGUCCUGACUUUUCCUUAUUCCCAAGGUAUACCCUUUCCCGAAUAACUGGGUAUUUACCAGGUCCCAUCUUCCUUGUCAGGCCCUGAACUCCAAGACUUCCCUCAGCCUUGUGAAAUUGUCAAAAUCCCUUCUUCGGUUUUCGGCCUCUUGCCAGAUUCUCUCUGCUGCUGGCUCACUUGCAAUGACUUGGCAAAUAAUUUGAGGGGAAAUUGCGUGCAGGAUCCCAAUGCAUUUUUUUUGCUCUCUCUCUGGAACCCCGGCCUCUCAACUACUCUCUAACUUGGUCGCUGUCUCUCGUGUCUUCUCACGUUUUUUUCUUGCUUAGUAGCUGUUCUCGACUGUAGGGCUUCCAUCUGAUAACAGCUACUCCACCGUAGCCAGAAAUGGAAGUCCCCCUUCACCUUUUAUUUUUGCAAAUACGAGAUUAACUGAAAUGUGACCUUUUAUGAAACAGUUCGGUCCUACAAAAGGGUGUAUCAGAUAAUAGAGUCAACACCCAUGGGAGCUUUGCUCGGUUUCACCAAACUGUUGACACAUUUGGAUACCACCGCCCCCCCCAUCCAACCCCUCCUUUUCUACACUAUUCAGAGUUUGAUGUUUUUUUUAUCGUCCCCUUGAAUUUCCUUAAACGGCCAGGACACAGGUAUGUUCACCUACACGAUAGAGAGAGCGCUGUUUUACACAGUGUUUUUGUGACAGAGAUGGUCUUACAUGCAUUUCUGCUUAUUUUAUUUUAUCUUCAUCAUGCAUUUUGCUUGUGGGGGUCACUUGCUUUGUUGGUGCGGAGCUACGAUUCAUUUUCACACGGAGCGAUCACACCGCAACUCAUCCUUCCGUUCUCUCGCGGAAGGGUAUCCACACUGUUGCCCAGACGCGAAUGGCCGUCAAUAGGUGUUUCCAUGACACCGUGUCCUCAGCGCCACGCGAUGUUGUCAGACUUUGAAUUGCCACCAACCUAGUAAAAUUAAACGGCACGUCAUUGUGGUUUUCAUUUGCAUGUCUUUCUUGACUGUGAGGUUAAGCACUUUCUGAUCCCAUGGCCCCUCCUUCUCCUGCUUCUGGUUUCCGACCUCCAAGCUUCUCUACUUCCCUAGAAUCUCCUGGAAUUCGGCUUUUAGUCUGAACUACUACAACCCCUGAACUCCGAGCCUGGUGGAUAAACACCCCUCCAGGGCUCCGGUCCAUCCGCAUUUUAUAGAUGAGAACACAGAGAAUCAGAGGGGCCAGGAACUUGCCCAAGGACGCACAGCUGGGAUCCGGGCGCCCUUCACUCCUCUGUAGGAGACCCCAGCGGUAGGCCCUUCCACAGGGGGUCCCACCGCAGGAGGGCGCCUAGGGGACCCUCUGCCCUUCGCUCAGAAAGCACACGGGAGGUUUGGUGUGCACCUGGGGAGAAAGUGCUGUUGUCCCUACGACUCAGCCUGAGCAUGAAGACCCACCGAGGGGCAGAUUCUGGCGCAGGGAGAGCGCGAUGGGACCGGGGAGGAGGCCUUUACCAUUCUGGGCUGUUGUUUCCCAAAUGGAGGGGCUGAUUUUAGGCGUCAAAUAUCCCUGCACCCCGAAUGAAAGGGUUAGGCCUUUUUCAGUCUUCUUUCGGUCCUCUGAUCCGGGAAGUGGUGCGAAUCUCAGUGUGGCGCUAUGUGGCCCUCGACACCCCUCUGAUGCUCUUGAAUCCUCCUUUUUGAUGGACGCGGGCAGGAUGGCCCCACUUGCACGUGUCAGGCGGGAGAUGGCAUCUCGCUCAAAUUCAGUUGCUCUCUUCUGUUUCCCUUGCGUUUAGUUGUACAGCCGAGCAACCAUUUUGUUUCAGAAACACCAACAGAACAUCUACAAAUAUGUUGCGCACUGUUCCCGAGGCUUUACAAACACUGAGUAACGUACUUCUCCCAGGGCCCCUCCGAGGAUCCCGAGAGCCAGCAUGCUGUGUGGCUGGGCGGCCCCUCUGUUCCUGCUGAUGCUCCAGGGUGCCUGGGGUUGCCUAGACCUCGUCUGCUACACCGAUUACUUCAAGACAGUCACCUGCACCCUAGAGACAUGGACCGUCCACCCCGGCACGCUCACCCUUACCUGGCAAGACCUAUACGGAGAACUAGUGGACGAGGUCACCUCCUGCAGCCUCCGCCGGUCCACCCACAAUGCCACACACACAGAGUACACGUGCCACAUGGAUGUGUUCCACUUCAUGGCCGACGACAUUUUCAGUGUCAACAUGACAGAUCAGUCCGGCAAUCGCUCCCAGGAGUGUGGCAGCUUUGUCCUGGCUAAGAGCAUCAAGCCGUCCCCCCCUUUCAAUGUGACCGUGACCUUCUCGGAACAUUAUAACGUCUCCUGGGACUCCAAUCACGAUUCCUAUCCGCUGAAGGGCAAGCUACAACAUGAGCUGCGGUACAGGAGGCAGGGAGACCCCUGGGCGCUGAGUCCGGGGAGAAAGCUGGUCUCCGUGGACGCGAGGAGCGUCUCUCUCCUUCCCUUGGAGUUCCGCUUUGACUCGGACUACGAGGUCCAGGUGCGCUCGGGGCCGCAGCCCGGCUCUUCCUUCCAGGGGACGUGGAGCGAAUGGAGUGACCCAGUCACCUUUCACACCCUGCCGGAAGAGCUAAAGGGAGACGGCCACAUCUACCUGCUGUAUAUCUUCCUGGUCAUUGUAGUCAUAGUCUUCUUGGGCCUGAAGAUCGACCUGCCUUGGAGGCUGUGUAAAGAGUGGGUACAGGUGCCCAGCCCAGAGCAGUUCUUCCAGCCCCUCUACGUGAGCCACAGCGGAGACUUCAGGAAAUGGGUGGGCACGCCCUUCACUGCCUCCAGCUUGGAGCUGGUGCCCUGGAACCCAGAGGCGCUUUCGUCCCUGGAGACGCACACCGGCUGCCCGCCGCAGGGUGCCAGCAAGGGGCCGGAGCCCACGGAGCUGCCGGAGCCUGCGGACCUGGUGGAGGCGGACGGGGUGCCCGAGCUGGGCUUCUGGGGCCCAGCCCACUCCGUCUUCAGCAGCCUCGGUGGCUCAGCUUACAGCCAGGAGAGGGACCGGCCAUACGGCCUCGUGUCCAUUGACACGGUGACCGUGGCGGGCAGCGAGGGGCCCUGUGCCUGGUCCUGCACCUGCGGAGAUGAUGGCUACCCAGCCCUGAACUUGGACGCCAGUCUGGAGCCUGGUUCGAGCACUGGGGACCCGCUCUUGGACACAGAGACCACAGUCCUGUCCUGUGGCUGCGUCUCGACUGGUGGCCUUGGCGGGCCGGACAGCCCUCUGGGCAGCCUCCUCGACAGGCUGAAGCUGCCCCUCAAAGAUGAGGCGGGUUGGACCCCGGGGCCGCCCUGGAGCGGCGGGCCACCCCGAGGGGUGCCUGGAAGCGAGGCAGGCUCGCCCCCGGCCGGCCUAGACAUGGACACUUUUGACAGCGGCUUCGCGGGCUCUGACUGCGGGAGCCCUGUGGAGUGUGACUUCGCCAGCCCCGGGGACGCAGGGCCCCCCAGGAGCUACCUCCGCCAGUGGGUGGUCGUGACCCCUCCACCUGAGGGAUCUGGGCCGCAGGCCAGCUAGCGAGGCCGACUGGCCGUCCGGAGCAGGCCGAGCCAUUCGGCCCUGAGCCAGAGCUGGGGGCCCCUGGGCCGGAGGGUGAAGCGGCCUGCAACCUCCCGUCCCCCCGACGGGGCCCCCGGGCCCGGUGUUUACGGCGACCCAGGUGCACACUGCUGUGUCCGUGUGUGACCAGCACAGCUGCCAGAGGGCACGGAGCGUGCCGCGGUGAAGCCACGUGCCCGAGACCACACACGUCUGUGCCCACACGAGGUCCCCGUGUGUACGGAUGUGAGAAGCACAUGUGUCCGUGACUGUGUGCACGGGAUGCCAGCCUCGCUCCUCGCCAGACACGUGGGGUGGCCCCAGGUCAUGUGCCGAGGGGCUGGUCCAGGGUUACUCACGGCCCUGCCGGGACCAGGCCACUGCCUGCGGCGUCCGAAUUCCAGCCCUCCGGAUCCGGCCUCCAGGAGCUGCAGGACGUCCAUACUGUUCCUCUUCACUUCUCGGGGCGGGGAAGAGGAUGGAGGGGGCCCACCGUGAUCCUGGGUGUGGGGAGGUUUGGGGGGAGCCUGGUGGGUCAAGAUCUGCUUCCUAACUGUGAUGCCUCUGGGCUGUGCCGCCUUGGGCCAGCCGCUUCCCCUCUCUGGGCUGGAGUUUCCCGUUUGGACUAGGGUGUCGGGGUGCGUGACCCAUCUUGGGGAGAAAUGGGUGCGGUCACCCAGGGUACAGGGUGCGACAGAGCAGACCCUCAAUAAACUCAGUUUCCUUCCUUCUGCUGCCCAGA